CCGCUUCCGGCCAUCAUCAUCAUCACAAGAAAGUCUGCGUAUGCAGGUUGUUUUUAUUAAAUUACAAUGGCUGGGAUGGAAUUUGAGUAUGACGAGGAAGGAAGCACAUUCUACUAUUUUUUGCUCUCCUUUUGGGCCCUUUUAAUAAUUCCUGGCACGUAUUAUUUGUGGCCAACUGCGGAAAGUAAAGAUGAAAAAGAAAGAAAUAGACUUCUCUGUCACUGUGCUCCAUGUGAAGGGAAGCGUCAAAAACUUAAAGUUAAAACCUCUUGGCUAAAAACAAGGCGCAAGGCUGUUCAAAUAAGUUUAAUUUUUGGAUGGGUCAUAUUUGUGCUUCUGGCUUAUAAAGUUUCCACCAUACAAAUUGAACAUCAAGAGUACGAUCCAUUCCAGAUCCUACAGAUAGACAGAGGUGCAAGUAUGCGAGAGAUAAAGAAAGCUUACAGAAAGCUGAGUUUAGAAUUUCAUCCAGACAAAUACAAAGGCGAUGAGAAAAUGUUCAUGAGGGUAGCAAAGGCUUAUGCAGCACUGACAGAUGAAGAAUCAAGAAAAAACUGGGAAGAGCAUGGCAACCCAGAUGGACCAGGAGUCACAACCUUUGGAAUUGCCCUACCGAAGUGGAUUGUUGAUGAUAAGAACUCUAUGUGGGUUCUGUUGGUGUACAUUGUGCUGUUCAUGGUCAUCAUGCCUGCCUGUGUGGGUGUGUGGUGGUAUCGGUCUAUAAAGUUCAGCAAGGAUCAGGUGCUGCUCAACACAACUCGACUCUACCUAUACUUUUUCAGCAAAAACCCGCAGAUGAUCCUCAAGAAGGUGAUCAUGGUUCUGGGGGCAUCAUUUGAGUUUGAUAAGGCCAACAACUCCGAAAUCAUGGAGCGACCCAGUGACAAUGAAGAAAUUCCCAUUCUGAUGAAGCAGUUACCUAACCUAGAUGAGAAGAACAAGGAACGCCCCCUAUGUUUUGGUUAUAGUGUGAAGGCACGCGCCCUGUUACAUGCACACUUUGCCCGCAUGGAGCUGCCACCACAGACACUCAAGAUAGACCAGAUGUAUGUUUUGAAAAAGUGCCCAGCCCUUAUCAAUGAAAUGAUCAACAUUCUCUCCCAGUUGGUGGCCAGUGCCAUGGCCAGACAGCGAAUGAACGAGAUGCCGCGUCUUGAGACUGUAGAGAACUGUAUGAAGGUGUCUCAGAUGAUGACCCAGGCCCUUGAAGCCAAGUCCAACCCACUGCAGCAACUCCCACAUAUACGACCCGACAUGCUCCGACACUUUGUCACCAGGAAGCGUAAUGUACAGCGAAUCCGUGACCUUGUAGCCAUGGAUGACGAUGAGAGACGUGCUUUGUUGAGAUCUCUGACAGACGAUGAAUACCAGGAUGUUAUUAAUGUGUGUGCCACCCUCCCCAAUGUUGUCAUGGUCGUCAAAUCAGAAGUCUUGGAUGAUGAUGACCGGACAAUUCGUGCGGGCAGUAUUGUGACAGUGACCGUGAGCCUGCGACGUAAGAACAUGAUGGACGACUUUGACAUCAACAAGUUGACAGGGGAGAGAGAUGAGCCGGCUGUGGGGGAGGAAGAACAGGUGGAGGAGCAAGAUGGGGAUGAGGAAAAUAAGGGUGUGGAGGAAGCUGCGAGUGCAGAGAACAAGCCCAAAGCCUGGCAGAAGCCCGCUCAUGGGAAGGGCAAGAAGAAGGCCAAGCCCAAGAAGGCAAAACAAGCGUUCAACUGGAAGAAGCCAGCUGUACAGAAUGUCGGGGCCAAGCCUGACGGUCAGGUGACAUCGGAAAAACCUGAGGGGGAGGAGGAGGCUGAAGCAGAUGAUGAUGUAGAAAGAAACUCUGACAGCGAAUCCGAGGCGGAGGAGAUUGUAGGUGAGGGGACUGUUCCUGAAACCAAACCACAGCCAGACAAGAAGAAGAUAAAGCGAAAACGGGCCGAUACGGAGCAUGAAGAUGAUGACUGGGAGAAGUUCCAGGAAGAGGCCAAGAAAGAGAACUCACUUGAAACAAAGAAAAAGGAAAGCCACCCUGUUCACUGCCCUCAUUUCCCAGAUGAGAAGCAGGAAGGUUGGUGGUUGUAUGUAGCUGAUAGGAAAAACCACAUGCUUGUUACUGCCCCUGUACAAAUACUCUCCCUGAAGAAGGAAGAAGAGAUGACGCUGAAGUUUUCUGCCCCUCCAAAAGUGGGGGUCUACACCUACAGUGUCGUACUGAGGUCAGACAGCUACUUUGACUUUGACCAACACCACAACUUUAAGCUGGACGUGAAGGAAGCCAAGGUGAUCGAGGAUCACCCUCAGUGGGACAUCUCCGAUUCCGAGGAUGAGGCAGACGCCCACAAGAACGACGCCAGCAACGACUCAGACUACUCAACAGACAUGGAGGACGAUGAUGAUGAUGAUGACUAUGAUGAUUAAGACAAACAAACAAGAAGCCUGAUAUUAAUGAAACAGGAUGAUAAAUAAACAUGUUUCAUGAUAGAUAGCUGGCUUAAUACUUCUACAGACAACAGACUUUUCAACUGAAAUGGAUGACCAUGAUGAAGUUGUUUAGAAAAGGAGGUCUCAUGUUGUGUUUGGAAGAGUGAUUCGAAAAUAUGUGUUCAAACAUUUAUUUUGGCUUAAAUGAUGAAAUUAAUCUCUAUAUUUGGCACAAAUUUGAUAUCAUUAUUAUGUACUUGUAUGACCUUGUACACACAUUUCCGAAGACAAAUUUGGGGGCGAAUGUAAAUGUAAAUUAGCUUCUACAAUAUUUAGAGAUUGAAGUGUGUUACAUUCAGCUAUAAAUUGUUACAUUAUUUAUGGAUCACUUAGAUUUCAAGCAGUUUACUGGUAUACCGGUAGAUCUGAAGAAGCUGUCUUUGGUAUUAUUUUGUGAUUCUAUUCUGUUGUAGCUGUAAAGCCAAUCUAUGUAUACUGAGAGUAUGAUGUUGAAUUUAUGUAUUGUAAAUUAUAUUUAAUUAGAUUGACUUUAAGUCUGUGAUUUUUUCCAUUCUUUAAACUUUCAUUUUAUAACUUUACUGAGAAACAGAUGUAACCAAAUAUUUUUUUUUUUCUGUGUUGCAAAAUAUCACAUUUUAGUUUAUAAGACAAAACAUAAAGAUGCAAUCAGAGUGUCUUGAAAAGCCAUAGAUGUUCAGUAUGUAAAUAGAGGUGAUGUAUUUAUGUAUUUAACUGCAAAUGAGUGCUUACGGUUUACUGCAAUAAGCACAAUCCUAUUCUGUUGUGUUUGCCUAUGUUGUUUGCCCAAUUAGGUGCAAAGACUCACGAAAUCGCUUUCAAGUGCUGGUGUGGUUUUUAACAUUUAAUGUAUGCAGAAUAAUGGUCAUUGUUAUAUGAGAGGUAUUCAGUGUUUUCAAAUCUACACUUUUCAAAGAAUCAUAUGUAUUAAUUAGGAUACAACAUAAAUGAAGGUCGAGCAAUUACUACUCAAUUAAAUAACUUUUGUUUUAGAACUCUUAUUAUAGGCCAGAAAUUUAAGAGUCACUGUUAUAACAUAAAAGGUAUUUGGUGUUUUCAAUCUAUACUUUUCUAAGAAUCAUAUGUAUUAACUAGGAUACACCAUAAUUGAAGAAGGUCAAGCAAUUACUACCCAAUUAAAUAACUUUGUUUUGUUUUAGAACUCUUAUUAUAGGCCAGAAAUUUAUGCUCACUCGAGCGUCAUAUACCUAUUGAACAAGGCAUUAUCUGAAUCACUAGUCAAGAGUAAGACUUAUUACAAUACUCGUAUAGGGAUCAAAAUACAUGUAUGUUCAUGAAAUGGACCAUAUUCAAUAUCUAUAAUUAAAUAUCUCCUGCAUCUGUACUCACAUUUUUACCUUUCAAUUACUGACAAUGGGAGCACCUCAUUUGGUAAAUUGUUUUGUAUUGAUUUUUUUUAUAGUUUUUAAGAGAUUUGGAAUUGAAGAUUUUUUUGCAUGUUGUAAAUUGUUGGAAAUGAUGUGGCGGAGAGGGUCAGAGUGACAGACUUUGUUGUGCAAUGCUUCAUUUGCUCAUUCUUGUGUCUAUCACAAAUCUGUACUUUCACUAUCAAGAGAUUAUGACUUUGACUCCGUUUCAAGGGCAUUGCAUCAGAGAAAUAGACAAAAAGCAUGAACUGUGUAUCCCAUUCCAUUGUUAGAAUUUCCAUGUUUGAUUAAUGACUGUUUAAUGUAAAUAAAGCUCAAAAACAAAUAUGUCAUGCAUUGCUGAUCUUAGGGUUUUAGUCUGAUUUUAAAAAUGACAGGGUGCUGCAGAGUGGUGGUAUUGGUAAAAAGGGCAAAUUGAAUUAGGCUGCAAAGAACUGAAAAAUUAUGAAUUUGAUAGAAAAUGUUAGUAAAUGUGUCUUAUGGAAGUAAUAUUAGAUUUUAACUGCUAAAUAUGUAAUGUUUGUAGGUAUUUAUAAUCAGCGUAUUAGUUUAAUCAAAACAAAAGAAAUAUUUCAUAAGCAUUUAAUUCUAUGAAGGCAGAAGGGUGCACAUGCUGGUGUCAAUGAGGGCAGAAGGGUGCUAACAAAAAAAGACGGUGCAGCAUCCUUGCAUAACUCUAGCUGAAACCCUAGAAGAUGUAGAUAUGUGUAUGUCAGUGAUUUAUAUGUUGUUCCGAAGUUGUACUUCAUACUUGUACAUGUAUUAAUUUUACAGCCUAAUGCCGAGCUGUGUUAAGUAAAUGAAUAUAUUAUAUAGUUCGUCGGAUUGGUUGUCAAACGUUCAUAAGCAAUUUUAUUUUAAAAAUGGUAAACCAGAAGAUGUUCGUUUGUAAAGCAUUAAAUUGCUUUUCUUUAAAUCUCUAAUAACUUUUUUCAAUAUUGGAUUCUGCCAGGAUUAAAAAAAGCUUUUUGUUGUAUGAAUGCAGCCUGUCAAAACAAUAAAUUUGUUCCUCUUAUGGUUGUUCUUAUGGUUAAUGUUGGGUAUUUUUUUAUUUUUAAGGAAUGCAAUCAUAUGUAGAGGGAAAUGUAGUAUUUUUGUUAGUCAGCAUUGUGUCACUAUUGUCAAGUAAAAAGUUAUAUUUAUUUUAGUUUUCAGAAUAAACAAUGUUGAUAAUUUAUGAAAAAAAUAAAACAAAUGAAUUAACGAC